AUGGACCAAUCCACACUCCUUUACGGCGCGUUCACCCUCGUCGUCGCCGCGGCCGGUACGCUCUACACCCUCCUCGUACUAUGGUCACCAGACUCCAUCGUCCCCCGCCCCUCCGAAAAGACGUACCGCAGCCCGCGCAAGCCCGCAAACCGCCUCCCGCUCGCCUCCAUACGGGACUCGGCCCAGGUCGACCUCACCGUCGUCAUCCCCGCGUACAACGAGACGGAGCGGCUGCCGUCCAUGUUCGAGACCACGCUCGCCCACCUCGAGGCCGCCCGCAGCACGCGCUCGUACGAGGUCCUCGUGGUCGACGACGGCUCGCGCGACGGCACCGCCGACCUCGCGCUCAAGCUCGCCGGCAAGUACCCGCAGAGCGACGUCCGCGUCGUCGUGCUCGAGAAGAACGUCGGCAAGGGCGGCGCCGUCCGCCACGGGAUGCUCCACGGGCGCGGGCGCCGGCUGCUCAUGGUGGACGCGGACGGGGCGAGCCGGUUCGAGGACCUGGAGCUGCUGUGGAAGGCGAUGGACGGGAUCUCACCCUCCGGGGAGGCUGCGGUGGCCGUCGGCAGUCGCGCGCACCUGGUGAAGACGGAGGCGGUGGUCAAGCGUUCGUUCGUCCGCAACGUCCUUAUGUACGGCCUCCACACCAUCCUCCGCAUCGUCGGCGUCGGGCACAUCCGCGACACGCAGUGCGGCUUCAAGCUUUUCUCACGGAGAGCUGCGCAACAAAUAUUCCCGUACCAGCACCUCGCCACGUGGAUAUUUGACGUCGAGCUUCUGCUGCUGGCCAAGGCGCAAGGGAUCCCGGCGGCGGAGGUCCCGAUCGAGUGGCACGAGGUCUCGGGCUCAAAGCUGAACGUCUUCUCGGACUCGCUGCAGAUGCUUCGCGACCUGCUUGUCCUCCGGGCGAACCUUCUGCUGGGGCGGUGGAAGAUCCCAGCGCCAUCGUCUACGGCGCAGGAUGGGAAGGCGAAGCAAAACGGGAAGGCGACAUAG